CGACCUUUAGGGUCAACUUGACCUUCCACCACAGCUUCUCGCUCUCUGGCAUCGACCAUGUAUUCUCCGUCAGCCCUUCGUCCAUGACUGGGCGGACGAAACCCAGCCGCUUUCAUCAACAUCGCGUCUCUAGAUGAGGUGUAUUUGCUGUCUCAAUCCCAGCGUCUCAGAGUAUCAGACAGCCUGAAAGACUCGUACAGCUGGACUCCUUGCGAUGUUGGACACCUCAGACGUUGCAGUCGCCAGUCCUCCUCCUCGUCACUAUCAGUUUCCACCUCGCCCUCUACGGGACAUGCCUUCGGUUAUUCAUCCGACAACAUGAUGGUAUGAUCAACAUUCCCUGACGGCGAAAUCUCCUAUAACUGCCUCCCAGCCGUGACAAGAGUGGGACUCAGCGCCUGAGACAUCCUUGCAAGGCACGCUCAGCAAGUUUGGCAAUGCACCAGUGUUAUGUCUACUACAAAAUCUACAGUUUCUCGUCGGAGAUGACCACUUUAAAAACAUGCCUGCCGUCCUUCGCCUUGACCUCAUGGACGGUCUCAAACGCUUCUCGACUCUGCUCGAACGGGAAAACGUGGCUGAUGAGGGAUUUCAUAUCGACGAGGCCUCUGUCGAGCAGCGAUAUGGCGUCUUCGAAGCAAUUGGUGGUGUAUCUCCAGGUCCCUGUAAUCGUCAUUGUUAGAGCCACGAAACACUUUAUAUCAAUUCCGGGAAGCAUCACCUCGGACGUUGAGUUGCUUGGAGCAAAUAUCCAUUAUUGGGAGUCGAGGCAUCUGGCCAUUAAGCAAUCCGACUUGCACGUCUAUUAGGAGACACCUCAGGCCUACAGACUUGCAUUCCGAUCUGCAUGCACUCUUCCGCGCCCGCCGCUUCCACCACGACGUCGAAGCCACGGUGGAGCCCAUCUACAGAGCUUAGGAUGUGUUUAGAAACUCUGCUGGAAUAUUCUUCCGUCGUCUCAUUCGCGUGGCGUGGCGGAUUGACGAAGGCCUGAUCCGCGCAAUACGUCUUUGCGAAUUCUGCCCGGUGAGGUUGCACCUCAAAGACAACUACUUUCCUUGCAGCAUAUCUAUGAGGCUGUGGUCAGCAUGCACGCCUAUCGCCUAUUGUGUUGUCAGAACUCACGCUUUCGCGAUUGCCCCCAGCAGCAACCCGAUACACCCGCCCCCCAGUAUCAGCACAGUUUGAUGCGCUUUCAGCCCAGCUUGCCGAGUCAUCUGGAUAGCGAUGGCAAAAGGCUGUAUCGCGCCAGCCUCGACCCAUGAGAUCUUGGGCGUCAGGCGAGCCAAUGCGGUGACCGGUACGAUCUUGUACGUGGUGAGCAAUCCAUCCUGUCGGCCGGGCGCUGGAACACCAUAAUACUCUAUCGAACUACAGAUGUUGGAGUAGCCGGUUGUACAAUCGUCGCAACUGAUGACACAUCAGCAUCGUGGUCAACUUUGGAUCCAAGAUACCCUUACGCCAGACAAGGGAGACAAGGUUUGAUCGCGGCGCGGUCACCUGGGGCCCACGAUUUGACAUCAUCAGCGACCUGAAUCACUUCCCCAGCAGCUUCAUGCCCGAUGAUGAACGGCUCCUUGAUGAUAUCAGGGCCUGCACGGCCCUCUUUCCAGAAGUGGAUCUAGGAAGCUUCGUCAACAUUUCAUCUAACAUUGCCAACUAUCAAGGACGAGAUUGCUCACGUCUGAACCACAGAUCCCGCCGGCGCGGAUGCGGACAAGGGCAGUACCACUCGGCAAGGGCGAACCGGGCACGUAUAGCGGGCUAUCUCGAUACGAAUCCAGCUUCAGAGGCCAGUCCUGUACGGUGAUAUCAUCGAUCUUUGAGAGGAUCACCGCACGGUUCUUGAUUGUAUCCGCCUUGACCGGCACGGUGUUCCCAUUACUCGUCGUCGCCGAGGGAGUCAUGGUCGAGAGGGAUGAAAUUGCCCUGAGAAGUUGAGAAUACUGGAUUGGAUGGUUGCUUGCUGCGAGACCUGUGCGGGCGUAAGCUCCUCGUUGAACAAUCAUGUGCACUUCUUGUGCCGGACUCUUACUCUAUGGGUUUGUGAGGGCCUGUCGCUCGUCAAAGAAGGGGAAUUUUGACUGUGGCCAGGCCGAGGGGUGGGCGAGGCUGAAGUAUUCGAGGGUUGCCAGACGCCGUUAGCGUACAACCUGGAGCGGGGAAAUAAAGGGCGCAAAAGGGGAAAACGGGUUGGAGACUCCCAGCUUGACCUCGGGAGACGGCGCCGCAACGACCGUGGCCCAAGCAUGGAUUGCCUUUUUCUCUCAGCAGGGCCCGUUAGGUACCUCGUAUAGGAUGGUUUCUACCUGAGAAGUUGGGCUCGCGGUGCCCGAGCAAGGUCGGAGACCUUCCCGCCCUCGGAGAUGAUUUACCGCAAUUCUCCCACUAGCUAUUCCACAAUACCUGGGAGAAGGUCCAUGCUCGUUACAGUCAACUACUCCUUCGACCUGCUCUGAACGUUGUUACUCCCCUCAAAGGACGGGGAGGAGUCGAAGAGUUUCUCGACGUGUAUCACGAUUAUCAAGCGCUGGAGAGAGAAUGAGGUGCGAUUGUCGAGCUCUCGGAUUCUGUUGCCCGUUUCUUCAGAUUGGAGAUGCGUCUCUAGAAAUAGAACUAUGACUCCCUGCUUGCUAU